CUGGGUAUCUCUGUUUUCUGUGUUCCAGAUCUACAGUGGUUAAACACUGAAGGUCCUAUUUCUCUUCACAAAGACCUUUGUGGAAAAGUUGUGGUGUUGGAUUUCUUUACUUACUGCUGCAUCAAUUGCUUGCACCUGCUGCCUGAUCUCCAUGCAUUAGAGCACCAGUACUCUGAUAAAGAUGGUCUUAUUAUUGUUGGUGUCCAUUCAGCGAAAUUCCCAAACGAAAAAGUUCUGGAUAACAUAAAAAGUGCCAUUCUGAGGUAUAAUAUUGUCCAUCCUGUAGUAAAUGAUGCAGAUGCAACACUGUGGCAUGAACUAGAAGUGUCCUGCUGGCCAACUCUGGUCAUUCUCGGGCCUCGUGGAAAUAUGCUGUUUUCACUUGUUGGAGAGGGACACAGAGAGAAGUUGUUUUUAUUUACUUCUAUAACACUGAAAUUCUACAAGGAGAGAGGACAAAUUAAAGAUAACAGCAUUGGAAUAAAGCUAUACAGAGACUCUCUCCCACCUUCUCCCUUGCUGUUUCCUGGCAAAGUGACUGUAGAUAAUUCAGGAGAAAGGCUGGUAAUAGCAGACACUGGGCAUCAUAGGAUUUUGGUUACUCAAAAAAAUGGACAAAUUCUACACACUAUUGGAGGUCCAAACAGUGGAAGGCGAGAUGGAAGAUUUUCAGAGGCAGCUUUCAACUCACCACAAGGGAUCGCUAUAAAAAAUAAUGUUAUUUAUGUAGCUGAUACAGAAAAUCACCUAAUUAGAAAGAUUGACCUGGAAUUAGAGAUGGUGACGACUGCAGCAGGUGUUGGGAUACAAGGUGUUGAUAGGGAAGGUGGAGCAAAAGGGGAAGAACAGCCUAUCAGCUCUCCAUGGGAUGUGGUCUUCGGAAAUUCAAUUUCCGGGACCCAGGAAGACGACGUUUUAUGGAUAGCAAUGGCAGGCACCCAUCAGGUGUGGGCACUGAUGUUGGAAGGUGGAAGACUACCAAAGGGAAGUGAUUUAAAGAAGGGAGUCUGCCUUCGAUUCGCUGGGAGUGGAAAUGAAGAGAACAGAAACAAUGCAUACCCGCAUAAGGCAGGCUUUGCACAGCCUUCAGGUCUCUCUCUGGCUUCCGAGGAACCGUGGAACUGCCUUUUUGUAGCAGACAGUGAGAGCAGCACUGUGCGAACCAUCUCUCUGAAAGACGGAGCAGUGAAGCACCUUGUAGGAGGAGAGAGAGAUCCAUUGAAUUUGUUUGCCUUUGGUGAUGUGGAUGGAGCGGGCAUAAAUGCAAAGCUGCAACAUCCCUUAGGAGUAACAUGGGACAAGAAAAGAAAACUACUCUAUGUGGCAGAUUCCUAUAAUCAUAAGAUUAAGGUUGUAGAUCCUAAGAUGAAGAACUGUGCUACCCUGGCAGGCACAGGAGAAGCAAGCAAUGUUAUUGGUUCCAGCUUUACACAGUCAACAUUUAAUGAACCGGGAGGUUUGUGUGUUGAAGAAAAUGGCCGCUUGAUGUAUGUUGCAGAUACAAAUAAUCAUCAGAUUAAAGUGCUGGAUUUGGACACAAAAAUUCUUUCCAUGUUGCCUAUCCUGAAUCCAGAAGCAUGUGAUGUUCCAGACAACCUGCCUGUGCAAAAGGAUAAAACAACAAACCUUCCAAAACUGCCUAAAUCUGCACCAAACGUUCAACUUCCUUCUCUAACUGUAGCUCCUGGCCAGACAAUUCAGUUUGUAUUAAAGUUGACUCUUCCUCCAGAUUCAAAACUGAAUGAAGAAGCACCCAAUUCCUGGUUUAUCACAGCAGAAGAUAAUAGCUGGUUGGUUCAAGAACAGUGUCUGUCUGGAGAAAUAAAGGAUGUUUCCUGUCAAACUAUCAUUCCCUUUCAGUUACCCAGGAGCUGUCUGUCAGCUGAAGCUAUCCUGGCUGUCAAAGCGUGCCUUUACUAUUGCAGCAAAGGAAGCAAUGCCUGUAUGAUGAAAGGAAUCUCAUUCAGUCAGCCUUUACAGAUAGCUAGUACAAACCAAGGCGGCUUGGCUCAAGUUGAACUGAUACACACGUUUUUAACCAACUAACCCAAAGCCAGCUAAUUUCAACCUCUGUUUUACUAUCCACCAUUUCUGUAGGAGAAAAACUUCUGUCUGUUGUUCAUUAUCCUGGAAAUCAUGACAAAGCUAAGAAGUAAUAUACUUGGGAAGGUGAAGCAGAUUUCCCUCCAGCUAAACGUGAAAAUUUAUCAUCACAACCUCAUUUCUUUUCAUUACAGUAGCAGCAAUAAUAUUGUAAUACUCUCGACUCUGUUGCCAAUUGUGAAUAUAUUGGCUGUUUGCCAGUCUAAGCAAUGAGCAACAAUUUUUAGAGUUCUUUUGAAAGAGCUGGUGUUCCUUUGUGAUGUUACUGUAAGAAGUUCUUUGCACUGAACACACUGUUAGAAUAGCUAGAUCAUUUGCGGCUAACAGUUACAAAUUCCUUUUGUGCUCUUACUAAUUUCUAAUAGAAUGUCAAAACUAAUUGUCUUUCUCUAGGCUGUAAAAGAAGUAUCUUGCUUAUCUUUCUGUAACAGCAUUUAUGGCACAUGUAUUUUGAAAAUACAUCUUAAACUAGGUGCAGCUCUAAUUUUAUGCAAAUGGAGUGUUUUGUUUAACUAAAUAUGACCGCCUUAUAUGAAGAGCAUAGUUUCAUGGCAAAAUUUCUGUGAAAGGAAGUGUUCAAGUUCCUACAGAAGAAUUUCAUGCUGAUUUCUAACAAAGAAUGUGCCUCUCUCUAAUCUGUAUAUAUAUAUGUAAAGAAAAAAAAAAAACAAACACAAAACCAUGCUGGAGUUUUUGUGAUAUG